GCUGCUAUGAGAGCCCCAGCAUCAGAGAGUGGAGUGGAAACAGGAAGAGGAGGCGAGGGGAGAAAGAAAGGAGACAGAGGAGAGGAUCGGGUGAGACAAGGUGGCGAGGAGUGAAUGAAAGGGAGGAAAAAGGGGAGAAGAAGGGCUGCCUGGACCAAAGACCAAAAAGAAAAAAAAAAAAAAAGGAGAGCUCGUUGCUAUUUAAAGGGAUCUGAGACUGCUCUAGUCGAGAGUCUUUCUAUUCCUGUCUGACAGCAACGUGAAGUUUGGAACGGAAAAGGCCAUCCUCUACGUUGUCUCUCAUUGGUCAAGACUGUCUCUUGUGCUCAAGUGUGAAGUGGAGGGACAUCGGAACACCAACCAAGAGAGGCUGCAUGUAUCACCCAGCGGACCUCUACUCUGGCCGCAACACGUGGGUCCCCUACCCAGCUGGAGGACCUCACAGAGGACAAUGGGCACCUGAAAACCGUCGCCCCUGGAGCCAUGUACAAAGAUGUGAACAAGGGCGCAACCAGUCACAUCAAUCGCCAUCAGAUCGUAUUUAUAACAGAGGGGACAGGUCAAUCAACGAUGUCCACGAUAAGGGCGUCUCAAAGGGCCACAGGCAGCUGCAAAGGAUUUGGGAUGGUAAAGGGCAGCAGUUUGAGGGGCAGAGCUGGCUUCACAACUCCCAACGAUCAUUCCCCAACCAAAGCGGUAUUAAUGGUUAUCUAACAGGACCUGGACAGCGCUAUGUCACCUGGCAGAACAAUCAAGGGGAUCCUCGGUUGAGUCGUGGCAGCAGAGAGCUACAGCCCCCAAUGGAUAGAUGGAGUGUGCCGGACCACCACAGGAGUUUCAAUGGCAGAAUGCUAAACAACAGGCAUGGACCCUGGAAACGUCCAAUCCUUCACCAGCGGAGAGAGCCGCCGCUCCAUCAGAGCCCACCCCCACAGCACCAUCUGUCUUCGAGGAAUGGAGGUCCAGCUAAGAGGAAAAGGGACUCUGACUCUACUCAGUCUUCUCAUCUUGGAUCAAGAUAUUUAUCUCCACCUGCCCAUGCUCCAUCAUCGCCCAGUCACUACCGUUGCAAUCAAGAUGACAGGGCAAGUUCCUCCCUACGCUCUGACCACAGGACCUCAGCAUCACAUCAACAGGAAACCUCUGAGCUGCGAACAGGAGGCCCUGGCGUUGGUAACUUAGAACCUCCCAACCAGAGUCCUGGCAGCAGAACACAUUAUGGUAACAAAGGGAAGGUCGAAGGGAAAAUCUCAGCUUCACCAGCAGACCACACCCGUGUGCCUUACAGCCAGCAAAACCAUCACUACCACCGGCACACAAGCCAGCAGAAAGUUCCACAGCACAAUAAACCACCGCGCCCCCUGGAGGAAAAGGACUUGCGUAGCCAUUAUCUCAAGCAAAGCACAGAAUUUAGGCGCUCUCAUUCAAGGGGCAGUUCAAGGGAUUCAACACUUUGCAAAAACACUGGUGCAGACUACUCCCCUUGUUCAUCCACUCCCUGUAGCCCUAAAGAUGGUCGAUCCGCAUCCAGAAGUCCAGGUGCUCCCUCCAGCCCCUCCUCAUUCACCAUGACCAGUUGCAGGAAGGAUUUAGUAGACAUCCAACCACGCUCUCCCACUCUUACUGAUCUGCAAAAAUCACUAGCAAGCCUGAGUCACAUCCAGAGACUCGGCAUGACAUCCACCUCAUCUCAUAUGUCUCAUUCUGGGUCAAAAUCCAGGAUCUCAGAUCCCAAACACAGGAAAACCUCAGUCUGUUCAAGACAAUCUCCUGCUGCCAGGGUGAAGCCAAGCAAGUCAGAGAGAGGGAUGGAUGAUUUAAGAAAAAAUCAGACCAAACACAAGGAUAGGCUCAUGAAAAAAGAGAAAAGGAGUGAUGCUGCAAAUGGCAAUGAUGAGGAAAGGAAAAGGAGGAAGAAGAAAGAUGAGAAAAGCUUGGAUGAGAAGAAAAGAAAGAGAGAUAAGGCUAUGAAGAAAGAAAGAAAAUUGAAAUUGAAAUUGAAAUUGAAGAAGAUUAAGAGAGAGAAGUUUUCUUCCACCUCUGGUUCCCUCCAUCCAGUAGAGGUCAAGAUGGGUGAAAAUGAGACCACGUCUUUGUCAGCAGACGAUCAAAGCCAGAAUCAAAAACAGAAGACCAGAGAGAAAAGUGAUGAAGUUAAAACAACUCUCGGCAAUUCACCCACUGAUACCUUCGGUGCUAACGGCAGUUCCCGACACCCACCUUCAAAAUCCAAAUGGAUAUCUGAAGGGAACAACAUUCCCACAAAGGUAUCAGGAAAUGAGCACUCCAUGGAAUCUACAUCUGACUGUGUCCAUCAGAGCAGCAAUAUCACCACUCAUUCAGAAAAUGGACCAAAACUUAACCCUAACUCCGCAAAAACUUUCCCUUCAGUCUUACUUGCUGCCUCAGGACCUCUCAGUACUACAGACUCCACUGGCUCAAACCAGGCGGUCCAUGGCAAAGAAGAGAAGAAGGUGGGAGCUCUCAACGCUCCUGAUCUUCAGCCUGAGGCUGUGCUGGGAAAUCUUAGUGACACAGGGGACAACCAUGCAAACACUCCUCCUGUGCUCAGCUGGCAAGGCUCCCCUGUUUCAGAUUUUGAAGAGGACGAAGAAGAGCUCAAAAAGGGUGUAAUAAGUAGACCUGUUCUCCAGCCCAGCCCCACUCAGUGUUUAUCUCCUCUUCCUGCAGAUAGUGAAAGCAAUGAUGAUUUAGAUCCUUGUACUAGUGAUUCAAAUGGUUAUACCUACGACAGUCCAUCUGACUUCUGUGAUUCCUCUUGUGAGAUCAAAGAGUCUAAGGAUCACAACGAAGAGCAGGUGAAUAACCGGAAAACUACUGGUUUAAUUCUCAAUGAGCUCCACCAGCAUAAAGCGGGUUUGGAUGAUGUUUUUAAGAGCCUAGCCACCUUCCUGGAAGGCCAGAGGGCGUCGUGUCGUGGCGGUCCUUUUGGUGGGGCUACCUCAAAAGGAGUAAAGUACUCAUCAUCUCUUACUGUGGCAUCCCAGAUUCACUGUGAUGAGAAUCAGGAUCUUUCUCACAAAUCAACUACCACAGCCCUCUUUGAGUGUAAUAGUCAAUCACCUCCUGAUGCUACCUCAGGCUCACUUCUAAAACUUCACAGUCUACCAUAUCGAAAAGAUUCAGCUGGUCAUCUCAAGGAGCAGGAGAAGCAGGAAGAAACUGAAAGCAGUUCAGAUGACAACCAGGUGGGAAAGAAUAAAGAGAACCUUAUGGAGACAACAGAUUCGUCACUUCUAGAGGGAUCUUUGAGUGCAGAGCUGACAGUGACCACAACUCACACAGCCUCCUUUACCAGUGUUAUUACAGUCUCCACCAAGGAAAGGAGAGAGAACAGGAAAGUAUCCAAGGAUAAGAAGUUGAAGAGAAAGAAGCAUGAAAGAAAAGAGGAAAUCAGAAAGAUGAAGUCAAAGAAAAAAGAAACAAAAAUGAAAACUAAAGCUAAACAUGUAAAAGAUACCCACAAGCGGGAACUUUCGUCCUCAGUAUCACCCAUCCCGAAAAGUUCCACCAGACCUCUUGCAGACAGUAUGAAGGGCCAGAUUCCUCAGGAAAAUCAAACGCAAUGUGGCAAAGCCAUCAAGAGACUCAAACUGGACACUGGGAACUCUGAUGUAAGGCUGGAGGAGGCUGAGGUUGGAAAAAAGAGAACCUCAGACACUAACUCCUCAAACAUAGUGACCUCAGCUGCAAGACUCGGUACGUCAGGUCAUAUAGGUCCUCACUUACCAACAAGUGAGUCUCUCUGCUCUAAAUCUCAUGUGGAUCCCCUGAAAUUGAAAGCAUUGUCCAUGGGCUUGUCCAAGGAGCUCAAGGUUGUCUUGAUUAGAAUGGACAGUGCUGGAAGACAUACAUUUAACAUAUCAGAGCUGGAGGAGCAAACUAUCCCAAUGUCUGAGCUUAACAUUGAAAACACAGCAGCCGAAGUGGUUCGAGCAUGCAAGGGAGCGAGAGUGAAGGGGAAAUUUAAGGAGUCGUACCUGCUUCCCUCAUUCUGUGUCAAACCUAAAAUGGCCAUCGACAUCCCCAUUCCGCGAGAAAAGCUGAACCCACCCACACCAAGCAUUUAUUUGGAGAGCAAGAGGGAUGCCUUCUCUCCGGUUCUGCUUCAGUUCUGCACAGAUUCCAAAAAUGCUGUAACGGUAAUCCGAGGCUUGGCUGGCUCCCUCCGCCUUAAUCUUGGUCUGUUCUCCACCAAGUCACUGGUAGAGGCCAAUUCAGACCAUGCUGUGGAAGUGAGAACUCAGGUUCAACAGCCAGCCGAUGAGAACUGGAACCUUAAUGGCUCUGCACAAACCUGGCCCUGUGAAAGCAGUCGAUCGCACACCACCAUUGCCAAAUACGCUCAGUACCAGGCCUCAAGCUUCCAGGAGAGCCUGGAGGAGGAAAAAGAAAGUGAGAAUGAGGAGGAAGAAGAAGGAGAGGAAGAGAAAAACGACUCAUUGGCAACCACAAAAGCUGCUCUGACAUUACCCAGCUCAACAACAAAUAAAACCAACUCAACCUCUUUCAGUAAAGCCCAGUUGGCUAAUCCCACCAGCAUUAACAGCCCAGAGCAGAAAACAGUCGGGAAAAUUAUUAAAUUUGGGACCAACAUUGAUCUCUCCGAUCCUAAAAGGUGGAAGCCCCAACUGCAGGAGCUUCUGAAGCUCCCAGCUUUCAUGCGAGUAGAAUCCAGCAACAACAUGCUCAGUCUCGUUGGUCACACCAUCCUGGGAAUGAACUCCGUGCAGCUGUACAUGAAGGUUCCAGGCAGCCGAACCCCAGGGCAUCAAGAGAACAACAACUUCUGCUCCGUCAACAUUAAUAUCGGGCCCGGAGACUGUGAGUGGUUUGCUGUCCAUGAACACUACUGGGACGCUAUAAACCAAUUCUGUGACAAGCAUGGUGUCGAUUACCUUACGGGGUCCUGGUGGCCAGUCCUGGAGGAUCUUUACAGCUCCAACAUCCCUGUGUACCGCUUCAUCCAGAGACCAGGAGAUCUGGUGUGGAUCAACGCUGGGACGGUUCACUGGGUUCAAGCCGUGGGCUGGUGCAACAACAUAGCCUGGAACGUGGGACCUCUUAAUGCAUACCAGUAUCAACUCGCCCUGGAGCGCUUUGAGUGGAACGAGGUGAAGAAUGUGAAGUCGAUUGUUCCCAUGAUCCACGUUUCAUGGAACGUGGCUCGGACCCUCAAGGUCACAGACAAAGACACCUUCAAGAUGAUCAAACACUGCCUCAUGCAGUCCAUCAAGCAUAUCCAGGUACUUAGAGACCAGCUGGUGGCUGCAGGAAAGAAAAUCUUUUACCAGAGCCGUGUGAAGGAUGAGCCCGCCUACUACUGCAAUGAGUGUGACGUGGAGGUGUUUAACCUCCUUUUAGUAACCAGUGAGAGCAGCACUAAGAAGACCUACGUGGUGCACUGUGAGGACUGCGCUCGAGCAAAGAGCACAUCUCUAGCCGGGGUGGUGGUGCUAGAACAGUAUCGUAUGGAGGAGCUGAUGAAGAUCUACGACAGCUUUGUGUUGACCCCUCUGCCUCCUUCAAAGUGAGGACUCCUCCAUGUCGCACGUCUCUCAGCCAUAACCAAAACUCUAACAGCAGCACAGAAGCCGCCGCCAAGGCGGCCCGCUUCAGCAAACGCUCUCUAAAUCAGCCAAUCACGUUUACUCAGUAUUGUUUACAUCACACAAUAAGGUAUGGAUAUUCAGCCAAUCCAACUCUAGCUCACCGUCUUCCCCAUACCACCUGCAGAUUGGACGUGUGUUUUGAAAUAGAAUGACUAGACUGGUUCUUCUCACAGAGAGCAUUUAAUAUGAGUAUUAAAAAAACAAUGUGAGCACUGAUGCCACUGAAAUCAGGCUGUAUAUGUUCAACGGACACUGCUGUGAUUCAAAAGCGUCUAGUAGCCGGUUUUAUGUAUUGAUUCAGGUACUUUUAUGCAAAUUCAGUAGAACUUUUUUACACCAAUCUAGUUAUUCUAUAUGUCCAUGAAUUUGCUGUGAUUCUAUUGUACCAGCAGGGGAAGUAGCUGAUUGUCACAUUCGGCAUAGUGUUGGUUUCUGUUUUUAAUUGUUUUGUUGCUGUAUUCAGGUAAACUGAUAUUUGUAAUUCCUGUAUGUAAACUCUUUGAGGUGCUAUACCAAUACUAUUAUUCUCAUUAGAUACUUACAAAGUUUUACCAGCCUAGAAGUACACCACAUUGGCCUUGUGAACUGUAUUUAGAGGUAAUUAGCCAAUUAAACUUACACACAAAUGAGGUUUUUAGUAAAUUAAAUUAAAACUUUUCUCAGUUUCUCUAAAAUACGGGUUUACUUGAGGACUAAUAUGGUUUCACUCUUAGUUGGAAAUCAGCUGUACAGAGAUAAAAUUGGACUAUUUCACAUGUUCACUUUUUAACGAGUCUAGCAAAAACAAUGGUCAAGGUGAUUUCUAUAAAACACAGCAAGAAAAUCAACAUCGAGUUGUCAUUUUUACUUUUGGAAUGGGGAAUAUAAGAGUCCCGGUUUUAUACCUCUUUUAUUGAAAUGUUAUUGUUUGUAGGUAACAGAGAAAAUAAAGAAUUGUAAAAUGUCAAUGAAUUUAUUGAAGACACAGUGGUGUGCAUAGACAGAGAUGAAGAGCAGCCGAUUUGUGAAAGGUUUUAAACACUGACGCUUAUAUGAGUAAAAUGAAAAAUAAGGUCAAAUGUGCAAAGAUACACAUAAUCAUUAUUCUUCUAAUGCAAAGACCAGUGAUGCCAAACAGAUGAACAGCUCCUGCAUUUCAGUCUUGGUUUCCGGUCUGGACCUGGACCUGUCCUGGUGAAGCUUAGUGCCACACACUACCAAAGGCUUGAAUUAAUUAGAAUAAAUUCUUUAACCGAUGAUCAUGUUCUGUUUUGAUCUAAAAGUUUUGACUUGCAUGGUGGAAAUUCUGCAGUAUCAUCAGUAUCAGUUCAUAUAUAUUUAACAAGAAAAAAACAGCCAUUUCUAAUACUUACAUCCAGUUCAAUAUUACUUUCUCUUCACUAAUUAUACCCAAACCAGUGUUUCCACUGGACAAACUCAACAUGAAAACCCCAACGUGAUCAGUUAGCCACAAAGAGCUGCUGUUGUUUCCUGAAACAAGUCACCUAUAAGUACAAUGGCUUUAUCUUUUUAUUUUUUUUUUAUUUUUGAUGCAACCCAUGCAGCUGCUGUUUUCAACAGCCUGUUGGUCAAUGUGCUAAGCUAAUGUUAGCAACCUUACUAAUUGUUUAUGCAUAAGUCGUUGACGUUAUAGCUUGUUACAAACAUUAUUACAGUCCCAUUUAUUUAUUUAAUCAUUCCCUUGAUAAGAUUUGUGGAAUAUAUUCUCAUGCUUCAUAAACUAAUAAACUGAUUGGAUUUUUAAUGAACAGCAACCCAAGUUAUGUUAUGGCAGCAGACAAUUAUUUUUUAUUAUGAACGUCAGUGUAAAAUGGUAUCAGAAAUUCUUAGAUUAUGAGUGAAAAGCAAAAAUACAUAAUAGAGGAAAAAGACUAUUUAAAAAAAAUGCCAAUUAUAAAUCAAUUUACACAUCUGUCCAGUAAAGAACACAAAAAAAGGAAAUUUGAGCAGAAUCAGGGGACUCCCUUAUACUUAGAACAUCUCUGAUUAUAGAUCAGUCAAGACUAUUAUAUAUAUAUUAUAUUGCAAGUUAUGAAUAUAUAUAGAUGUACAUUUUAUUUUGUGACAAAAAAAAGUAAAUGCCAUCUCAGCAGUGCUUUGUUUGUAUGAAAAAUCGUAACUUCCAAAAGGAAAUUCAACUUGAUGGUGCUCUUUGACUGUUGAACAGGCUCUUAACUGGUUAAUAUUUUGCCAACCGCAACAAAUAGACAUUUGCAAGAUGAUUAUCAGAAUUAUAGCAUUAAAAUGAAGUUGUGGUAUCACUGGUAUGAUAUUAGUUGUUAUGACUUACUCUGAAAUGCCAGGUUUCAGGGCCCAGCUCUGGCCUCCAUGGUCUGUGCACACCAUUUUCUGUACAUAAUUUAUCUGCUUCAGGUUCAUUAGAACGUGUAAUUUUGUUCUCAGAAAUCAGCUUUGUUAAUGUAAUUUUUUUUGUUUUUUUGUUAUAUUCUAAUACAUGCUGAAAUUAUCCUGUUUCACUCUAGUUUAAACGACUGCGAUGGGAAAAUUCCUCCCACUUUUAUACCUCUUUUUGUUGUCAGUUUCUGUUAUUCUGAUUUCCUUUAUGUUGGAUAAUAGAGAAAAUGAUAAAUUGUAAAUGGUGACAUUAUUUAUACUGUAAAUGGUGGUUUGCUUAAAUAUUUAUUGCAUAUCAAAGGAUAGUUCACUUGAUAAGGGGCUACAAGGUAUUUUAAAAUUGUAGUAUGGUCAUAGUGUGUGGAUAGGGGAAGUGCAAUCAGGGGGAAAGUUUAAUAUUCAUGGUGCUAGACCCCUACUUGCCUCGGUGCCCCCUCAUCAAACAGCAUAUAUUGAUGUAUGGACAUAGGAUUCAGCUCAACUCCACCAUCUGGUGCUUAGAACCAUUUCAACACGGUUUACUGGAAAUUGAAUGAUGUCUUUGUACUGUAAUUAAGAGAACACAACUUUUUUUUCUUUUGUACUUUUCUUCCAUUGUAUGAAAUACAUAAUCUUGUGUGGCAUUAGUGGUUUUAUGAUAAGCAUUAGCUGUAGUUGUUAAUAUUGACACUUUUGCAGAGACUCUUAGGGAUGUGACUUUUUCUGGCUUCGAGGUUCCUGGUGUUUUGUCCUCAUUAGUACUUUUUGGAGGAUGUAACAAUGCUUUUUUUUUCUUCUUUACACUUGUUUGAUUUAUGCUGCACUCACUGUUUCCAAAAGAAGUCACUUAGAAGAAAACCUGAGCCAGACCUGUCUUAAUUCCUCUGUGAUUUUUCUGUGACAUACUGUAUUGUUGUUCAAGAAAUUAAAAUGUUUUGAUAAACCAUG